AUGGUUUUUGAACAAGAAAACAAAAAUUGUAUGAAGGAUGUCCGUUGUGAUUUACAAGAUGGACUUGAAAAAGUCCAAGAAGAUAAAAAAAGAAAUUAUAACAUAUCCAAUAAUAAUAAUAAUAAUAAUAAUAAGUAUGAAAAGAAUUAUAUAUCUCUUGUUGCAGAUUAUGUAAACAGAAAACAAAUUAAUAAUAUUAAUGACAAUAACAUGAAAAAAAGUUGUAUAAUGAAAAGAGUUAAUAAAAAGGAUAUAAAAUAUAAUGAUGUAAUAUUAAAAAAUGAUGAGACUUAUAUAAAUGAUAAUCAAACAAAAAAAAUAUAUAACAAUAAUAUUAAUAAUAAUAAUAAUAAUAAUAAUAUUAAUUAUAAUAAUAAUAAGUCUACAUAUUUAUUAAAUACAUAUAAUAACAAUUGCUCAAGUAUCAAUAAUAAGUCACAUCCUCAUAAAAAUUAUGAGACAAAUGACCAAUCUAUUAAUGAUUAUAAAUAUUCAUUUAAUAACAUUUCUUCUGAUUAUAACGUAGAACCCGUUUAUGAUUAUGUAAAUGAUACAUAUAAUCAUGAUAUACCCUCAAACAAAAAGGAGAUACAAACAGAAACAUAUAAUAAUUAUCAUUAUGAUAAUUAUAUGGUUAAUAAUGAUACACAUGAAAAUAAUAUAAUGGUAUUAGAAGAUGAAAAUAAAAAUUCGAGAUUUAUAAAAAAUAAUAAAUCCUGUUUGUAUCAAACAUCACAACAGAACAACCAAGGAUCUAUUAAUAGCAAUGAUACAAUAAAAAGAAAUAAAAAUUUUGUUUUAAAAAAAAAUGACAUAAAUGUAACAAAUGAUUCAAUAAAUUUUUCAUUCAAUGAAAAAAAAAAUAAAUUGACAAGCAUAUAUGUAGAAAGAGAAGAUCAAAAAAUGGUUAGCUUAAAUGUAAAUAAUGAUAUGUCUAUAUUAAAUAAAAAAAAAGAAGGGAAACAUAAUUUUUACAAAUCCAUAAAAGAACAGGAUGUAAUAAUAACAGAAAAAAAAAAAAAUACGAUAUUAAGAAAUAAAUUUUUAGAAGAUGAUCAUGUUAGAUCUAUUGAAAAUGUUCAGAAUGAUUCUUUAAAAAAUGAACAUAUAAAUAAUAUUAUAUAUAUGAAUGAUAAUAAUAUAAAUACUUAUAAAACCAUGUAUGAUAAAUCUAUGAAUGCUGUUGAAAAUGUAUAUUUAAAUGAACUUCACAAAAAAAAAAAUUAUAAAAAUGUUAUAUUUAAAUAUUUAUCUAAUAAUAAUAAGGAUGAAAAUGUUUAUAAUUUUAAAAAAAAUAUUUUUAAUGAUGUUGUAGAAUAUAAUAUGAAUAAGAAAGUGGCAGAUAUAUCUGGAAACAAAAUGUAUAAUUCGAACAAAGAAAUGUAUAUAUCUAAUAAUAAUGAUAAUAAUAAUAAUAAUAAUAAUAAUAUAUAUAAUGUCAAUACUUAUCAUCAUGGUUAUAAAAAAUACAACACAACAAGUCCAUAUAAUAAUAAUAAUAAUAUUAAUUCAUUUUAUAAGAAUACAACAACCAAUAACUGUAAUAAUAAAAAAACAAUUGAAUAUGAUAACAACGUUUUUUUUAAUAAUAAAAAAGAUAUUCAUCAUAAUAAUACAGAUAUUUCAAAAAAUCACGACUAUCAUGAUAAUAAAAAUAUUCAAUAUAAUAUAAAUAAUAAUGAUAAUUAUUAUAAUUCCUUUAAUGAUAUAAAGAAUGAAGGUAAUAUUAAUACAACCUUUAACGUUAAGAAGAAAUAUAAAAAGGUUAGAAUUAAUUCACAUGUAUCUUCAAAAUGGAAUGACAAAAAUGGUAUGAAUUAUAGGAGUGGUAUUAUUAAUAACCAGUUUAAUAAUAUGAAUGAUAUAAUAAUCUCUCACAAUAAUAAUAAUAAUAAUAUAAAUAUUAAUAACAAUAAUAAUAAUAAUAAUAACAGCAAUAAUAAUAAUAAUGGUGUUAGUAUGAAAUCUUCUAUUAAUAUUAAUAAAAAAAGGAAGAAUAUCAAAAAUUUUAGCCUGAAUUUAUGUAGUGCUUGUCUAAAUAUAGAUGACAAAAUUUAUAUCAAACAAAUAAAAGAAAUACUUGAUAGAGAUAUUAAUCUACUAGAUGAAGAUCCAAAAAUAAUUAAUGCAUUAAAACAAUCUAAUAUAUCUAAUUCUUAUCUUUUCAAUAAUUUAAAAAGUAUAGGUACAUUUCGUAAGGGUGGAUUAACAUGGGCUAUAUAUUAUAAUCAUAAUAAUCAUAAUAAUAAUAAUAAUAAAGGACUUAAUAAUAUGAAUAAGAUAAAGAAUGAAGCUAAUGACAGAAUUAUUAAAGAUAAAUUGUUAAAUAAUAUAAACUGUAAUAAUAUAAUAAACGACAUUAAUAAUAUCAAGACGACUAAUAAUAAUUGUAGUCCAUAUAACCUAAAUAAUGUUAAUAAUAAUAUUAUUAGUAACAUAUAUAAUAAUGAUAUGGAUACAAAAAAUAUAAAUCAUAUGAACAAUAGAAAUGAUUCAAUUAAUAUAGAUCCAUUUAAUAAUACAAACAAGAUUGACCAAUUUGAUGAUAUGAAUGAAAAUAACAAAAAAAAAGAUAAUUCAUCUUUUAUUAAUAAUAAUAAUAUAGACAACGAUAAUAAUUAUAUAGAAUUAAUAAAAAAUAAUUCCUUUUGUAAUGAUAAAUAUAUUAUUGAACCCAUUAUUGAAAAUACAUGGUUAAAAAAAGUGUUAUUAAUUAUAAAAAAAGAAUCUUUAGAUAUUGAAUGCUUUCUUUUUAAGAUAAAAUAUUAUUUUUAUAAAUCUGUUUUAUUUUUAUAUCAAGAAGGAAUAAAAUCAUAUCUAGGUGAUGUAGCGAAUCAAAUGAAAAUAUAUAUAAAUUAUAAUUUCUGGUCAGCAGCUGAAAUAGCAUUUAUAUUAAGACAAAUAACAAGUAUUUGUAAUAUACAAAUAGAGGUAAGAGUGAAAGGAGAAAUUGGUUGUGUUAUUUAUUUAAAUGAGCAACCUAAAUGGUUUCAAGGAUUUGUUGAUAGUCACAAUAUGAUUGAUACAUUUAGUAAGAAAGAUUGGUAUUUACUGAAUAGCUUUGCAAUUAAGAUGAUGCAAUAUAAGAAGGGAGACAAGAAAAAAGAUGAUUCUAAGGAGGAUACCACAAUAAGUAUGGAUAACAACAAAGAUGUAGUCAAUAAUAAUGAUAAUGAUGAUAAUAAUGAUGAUAAUAAUGAUGAUAAUCAUAAUAAUAAUCAUAAUAAUAAUCAUAAUAAUAAUCAUAAUAAUAAUAAUAAUAAUAAUAAUAAUGAUGAUGAUAACCUGUGUGAAGAUAAUUUCCAUAACAGUUACAAUAGUAAUAAUAAUGAAUGCAUAUUUUGCUCUUCAUCAAAUAAAAAACUCAAGUCUUAUAUGUUUAAUGGUGGUAGAUAUGCAUUUGCAGCUAAAUUAAAAGAAGAGAUUAAACAUUUUCAUUCUAAACGAUUAGGAGAUAUAAUUCAUUUAGUUCAGCUAGCCAUACAUAAAGGAAUUUUUGUUUAUUCUCAACGUAUUUUAUUACCAGUAUCUGCAUGCGAAAAAAGUGCUGACGAUCUAUAUCCAAAAAUUAAAAAUCUAAAUUAUGAUAUAUGCGAAACAUUAGAAGAAGUAUUACAAAUUAUAUCAUUAUUAGUUGAUCAUAAAACAAAUGGAUUAGUUCUAGCUCAAUUAAAACAACAAUUUAUACUUCAAUUUAAAAAAGAAUUAAAUAGUUUACAUUUUGGAUAUAAGAAAUUACAAAAUUUAUUAAUGGCUGAACCAUUUAAUAAAUAUUAUAAAUUAUAUAUACCAAAUAAUAAUUUACAUAGAACACAUAUACAACAUAAGAAAUAUAAAACUCCUGAUAAUUGUCGUAUAUUUGAAAAAGAAAAUAUCCAUUUGAAAAAUCAUCUAGAUUUUAUUUAUAACACACAAUUUUUUACUGACCUAUAUGUACAUGAUCAAUAUUAUGAUAAUGAAGAUAUAGAAAAUAAAAUACAAAAUGAUAAUGAUAUAUACAUAUCUCAGAAUAAUUAUUUGGAACAACAAAAUAUAUCCCUACAUAGAACUAAUACAACUUUUAUAAAUGAUAAAAAAGAAAUAAUAAAAAAAAAUAUAUAUAUGUUAAAUUUAAGUGGUGACGACAACAAAUGUGAUAUAAAAGAAAAUAACAUUGUAAAGAAAGAAAUGUGUAAUAUAAAAAAUAAUAAUGAUAAUAUGUUUGAGCUCACUCAUACAAAUAUACAUAAUUUACCAUUAUAUAUUCAAAAAUGUAUACAUACUAUAUUUGAAAAGAAUAAUGAAACAAAUGACCAAUUAAACUUCAUAGAAGAAGACAAACAAAAUGAAAAUCAUUUUUUAUAUGAUAUAAAUAAAAAUAUUAAAUAUAAAAAAAAUUAUGAUUAUAUUAAUAAUAAUCUUGAUCAAAAUGUUCUUUCUAAUAAUAUCGAAUCUUAUGAUCAUAUUAAUCAUAAUAAACAAAUACAAUUAUUUAAUACAUUAUAUCAUAUCGAUAUGGAUCUAUCCUCUAUAAAUAAACAUACAUACAAUAAAAUAAAAGAUAUUUUUACAAAUGUUCUACAAAGAAAUGAACAAAAUAAUGAUAAUAUUAUAAAUCAUAAGGAAUUUAUUAAUAAAGAACAUGAAGAAAUUAUAAAUGAUGAUCACCAUUAUAAUAUUUGGAAUAUUCAUUUUAAAAAAGAUACUUUAUUCAAUAUGUAUAAACAAAAUAAUAAUACAUCCGCAACAAAUGCCGUAUCUCCUAUUUUAAACAUAUAUACUUUAAUAAAAAAAUAUAAAAUUAAAAAGAAAAAGUAUGAAACAUUUUUUGAUGAAAUGAAUAAUGAUGAUGGUCCUAUUCAUAUGAAUAAUAAAAAUAAACAAGAUAAAGAUAACAUCCAUAUUGAAAAUAAUGAUAAUUAUAAUAAUGAUAAUUAUAUUUAUGGUGAUGGUAAUGAUAUCCAUAGGGAUUAUAUAAAUAAUUAUAUUAUUAAUGAGGAUCUUACUCCUCAUAAUCAUUUUACUAAUCAUAAAAAUAAUAAAAAUACAGAUAAACAAACACUACACAUGUUACACAAUAAUGAAAAGAAUUUUAUCUCUCAAAUGGAUCAAAUAGAUGUAACAAAUGUUAAUAUAAACAGGAAAAAUAAAAUGAACAAAAUUUAUAAAUCUAAGAGCAUAAUAAAUAGACAUCAUACAAAUAAAUCCAUGGAAUCAUACGACAAUAUAGAAUUCCAACCUAAUAACAAAUUAGAAAGUUAUGAUGAUAGAAAUAUUCAAUUUUAUAAUGAAAAAUGUAACAGAUAUUUCAAUGUAGAUAAUAAGAGAGGAGAAAGUGUUUUUCCCAUAUUAAGUGAUACAAAAAAUAAUAUAACAUAUAAUCAAGAUGAUUUAUUCAAGGCAAAGAAUAUUGAACCGUUAAAUAUUGAUCAAAAUAAAAUAAAUUAUAACAACAAUAAUAAUGAUAGUAAUUAUUAUAUGUUAAAUAAUAAAUAUAGUGAUAAUAUAAUAAUAGAAUCCAAUUAUUUAUCCUCACAGAAUAAUUUAUCACAAGAAGAUAUUUUUAAUGAUGAAAAAAAAAUUAUUGAAAUGAUUGAAAAGACAAUAGAUGAAGAUUAUAUAAAUAAUGAAGAUAAAAAGGAUGUUAACCAUGAUAUAAUAAAAAAUAUAAAUAAUAAUAAUAAUAAUAAUAAUAGUAAUAGUAGUAUUAAUAUCCCUAAUUAUAGUGAUGAUAAUAAUAAUAAUAAUAAAUAUUUUAUCUUCGACAAGGAUAUAAACAACAAUGUUGAAGAGCACAAUUUUAAUGAUAUAUCUCUAAAGGAUAAUAUAACAAAUAAUAAUUCAACAAUUGAAUAUAAAAAUUAUAAAACAUCUUGUAAUAAUAAUGAUGAUUUUAAUGAGGAUGAUUAUAAUUAUAGUGAUGAUAAUUUUAAUUUAAUAAAUAAUACUAUCCAUUAUUGUAACAGUUCUAAUAACAGAAAUAUAAAAUGUGCAGACCAAAAUGAAGAGAAAAUUUAUAAUACAAACAAUGUUAUAAAUAAAAAUAAUUAUUUAAACAAUAGUAAUUAUGAUUAUAAUGAUAUAUUCACAAAUUUUGUAAAGGCAAAUAAUGAAAAUGUAUAUAUAGCUAAUAGUAGAUCUAUCAAUACAGAUAUAGAAGAUAUAAAUGAUAUAAAUGAUAUAAAUGAUAUAAACGAUAUGAGUGGUAUUGAUAAUAAUAAUUGUGUUAAAAAUAUUACUUAUAUAAAUAAUAAUUCAAACCUUCUAGACAGCAAUAAUAAUAGUAGUACUACAACAACGACAACAACUACUACAACUUCUAUCAGGAAUAAUAUGAAACACUAUAAUAAUGUAGACAUAAAUAAUAUUAAUAAUACAAAUGAUGUUAAUUGGUCAAAUGUUCAAUGUGAUAAUAACAAUAUAAAUAUUGAAAAUGCAGGAGAAAAAUCUUUUUCUUUUCAUACACACAAUAAUAAUAAUAAUAAUAAUAAUAAUGUUUCAAAUAUAAACCUUAAUUCAAUUAACCCCAAUCUUAAUAAUAUAAUAAAUAAUGAAGAAAAGAAUAACGAUGAAAAUAUUAUAUUUAAUAAAGAAGAAUAUUUACAAUAUGAAUCUGUAAAAAAUAAUGACAUAAAUAUUAUUUAUAAUAAUCAAUAUGAUAAUAAUAGUAAUUAUAUAUAUGAACAAAAAAAAAAAGAUGGAAAUCAAGUUAUAUAUAAUAAUGAUGAUAAAAUGUCAUCCAAUAUCAAUAAAUCAGAGGAAUGUCUAAACUCUUCAAAUGCAUUUAUUCAGAAUCUAUAUAUUCCUUAUAAUAAUAUGAAAGAUAAUGAUAACAUCAUAUCAUCACAAAAUAAUAUUAUAUAUGACGAAAAAAUUAAUAAUAUAAACAAUGGAUACAAUAUUAAUGAUGAAUAUAGUGUUGAAAAUUAUGAUAUACGUCACAUAAAUAAUUUGAAUAAAAAGGAUUACUUAAUGGAUGGAAAUAAAAUUCUCAAUAAUGAUAAUAAUAAUGAUACACAUGAUAAUCACAUUAUUCAUAAUAAUAUUAAUUCUUAUAACAAUGAUAUAUAUAACCACUUCCAUACCUAUAACAAUUGUAAUCCAUACAAUAAUGAUAAAAAUGAAUUAUCAAAAAAAGGAGCAGUAUUAAAUAGAUAUGAUGAACAAGAGAAAAAUAUUCAACUCAACAAUGUAUAUAAUAAUAUAUCUUCUCAAUCAUUAAAUAAAAAUAAAAAAAAUAAUUUUCAAAAAAAACACUUAGAUAAUCCAUCUAUAAAUCUUAAAGAAGAAAAAAAUUAUCAUCCCAAAAAAAAUUUCAAUAAUAAUCUUGAAAAAGAUAAUAAAAUAUUAACAAACGAUAUUGACCAUAUAAGUUUUAAUAAAAAAAUUUGUAAAAUAAAAAAUAUUUAUUCAGAAAAUAAAAAUAAUCCAUUUUUUAAAAAUAAUACAAAUCAUAUUUUUAAUACUAAUAUAAACUUAUAUGAAAAAAAAAAUUAUGUAGAAGAUGAAUUGUGUCAUAAGGAUCCAAUCAAAUUCUCAUCCUUAAUUAAAAAUAAACAAAAAAAUAAUAACUCUUUUAGAAAUUUAUUAGAUGACAAUCACUAUAUUAGAAUUAACAGCCAAACUAAUUUUAAUAAUCCAAACAAAUAUUACCACUUGAAAAAUAAAAUCAACAAAUAA